AUGUAUCUCCAACAUGCACUUCGCUAUGCCUGCCCUGCAUCCCUUCCACCACCGCUGCCACUGCACCUCCGCCCUUCCUCUCCCCUUCUCACCCCCCCUCCCUCCCCUCGUCCUCCCAUGCUCGUGCCUCUUCCCCUUGCCUGUAUGUGCGUGUCCCCGGUGCGCCUCCGUGCGGUGCAUGGGGCAUGGCAGCCGGUGUGUCCCAGUGGCACGCCAGAGGUGCAUGACCCUGAGCACCACCAAGCCACCUCCUACUACCAACACCUGCAAUAUGACGGCCCACACUGCCCGACGGGGAAGGGGUUCAUAAGGCUGGACGCCAAGCCGGAGGUGCCAGUGCAAGUGGUGGAGCACCAUGCAGUGCCUGCACCUCUGCUCUUCAACAACAACGCUCACACCAACCCUGCCAGGGAUGACUGGACUGCUGAAUAG